ACAUACGCGCCUCAAGGUAUUACAGCGUAUAUUUCAAGCUUUAAUAGACCAGAAAUCGCCACAGGGCUUAUGUGAAAUUUACCACUUUAUAUAGGAUGACACUUAAUUUAGUUACAGUUGUCUGCGAAAAAGUGUGUAAUCUUACAUGAUCUUUUGUUCGCGUUUUGUUUGGUAGAUGGUGAUAAAAUAGCUGACUGAAUGCAAAAUCUACAUCGAUGUUAAGUAUUUUGACAGAAGAUUCAGUAAAGCGUGAUUCCGAUUGUAUCCGAUUGCUAUCAUUUUCAUAUAGGAAAUGUGAGAGUGUGGACUUCCAUUAAAUCGAGCCUUACACUGUGUGUUUUGUAAUAUUUAAGAAGUGUGCGUUUGGAAUUAUUACCAGAUAAAUAUGUCUCUUGGAGACCUGUUACCCUUGCAAUUCUACGAGAUUGCUUUCCUGUGCACGUUACUAUUUGUGCCAGUUGUUUCUUUCCGAGGUGAUCUGGAGAACUACUUUUUCGGAGUACUCGUCAUUUACAUGUUGCUGCGAGUGAUUAGAAACCGGAAGAAGUCCAAACUACCAGCUGACGGGAAGGCUGUGUUUAUUUCCGGUUGUGAUUCCGGUUUCGGACAUAUGGUAGCAGAGAAAAUGGACAAAGAAGGCUACGUAGUGUUUGCAGGUUGUUUGAAUGAAAGUGGUGACGGUGCUAAUAAUUUGAAGAAAAAAUGCUCGGACAAACUCCAUAUUAUUGCCCUUGACGUGACAGAUGAGAAAAGUGUCUCUUCCGCCGGAAAUUACGUCAGAGAGCACCUUGAAAACCUUGAACUAUGGGCGCUUUUCAACAACGCUGGAGUGUAUGGACACGGCGAUGUCGAGAUGUGCCCAGUAGAAACCUUCAAAUUCCUAGCAGACGUCAAUUUGUUCGGGAUGGUCAGACUUACACAAGAGUUCCUGCCUCUUAUACGCAAAUCGCAAGGUCGUGUGGUGAACAUGUCCAGUAUAAAUGGAAGAUUUACCUGGCCGUGUGCCGCUGCAUACAAUGCUUCAAAAUAUGGGAUAGAAUGUGUUAGCGACUCUCUGCGCAUGGAGAUGAGAAAAUUCGGGGUCAAGGUCGCUAUCAUUGAGCCCGCCAUGUUUGGAGGAAACACUGACAUUCACAGCGAACAAAAUAUCGCCCGUCAUUACAAACAAAUCAACGAGGUUUGGGCGAGUAAAACAGAGGAGGUGAAGUCGGUAUACUCAAAGAAAUACCUCAAGCACCAGAUAGAUACCAUCGCACAAUUACGCCAGAAACUGGCCGCCAAGAGCCCGGAUGGCGUUAUAGACGCUGUGGUCGAUGCCAUAACUAGUUCAGCCCCGGAGUGCAGAUACGCUGUGCAUGGUGGCCCAUUUCCUGUAGAUCUUAUAGUGGUUUUAGCGACUGUGUAUCCAUACCUGCCAGAGACCCUGACUGACUGGUUCCUUUGCAGAGUAACUGGUCAUUUGAAUAAAGAUAUUUUACAAGACAGUUCACCUGAACCGGCGGCUCAAAAUGGCAUCAAAUCUGAAUGAUCUCAACAACAUUCCAUUGACCAAAUUUUGCUAUAGCUACUAAAGUUGAUUGAUCGGCUGAAUUUUUGUACGAGGUGUUUCUUUAAGAUAUUGCUGUUAGAUUCUGAAGCCAUGUUUCUCAAAAUCAUAAUGUCUUUCAAGCAUAUCAGCUUUGAUAUUGACAAAUCUGUAUAUUUUUAAUGGUAAAAGACACGUGUGUAAACCUUGCUGGUCUUUUAUUGUGUCUGAUAGUGCGUUGUUCACAAAUGAUCAGAAUUUCUCUUGUGUAAGUAUAGCAUAAAAGCAGCUUGAAAUAAAAAAGAUAUUGGUACAAAUUAAAUUAAUCUAUUUAUGUAUGUAGUUAUGCAGGUUAUUACAGAGCAUGACCCUAAAUCGAUGGUUUUCAACCGUUUAAUUGAAAAUGUUACUGACACUGCACAGUGAAUGUAUUUUUAGGGUCUGGUUUAUCCCAGUUAUAAUAUGUGUAGACUGGAGCAAAGUCUGUGUUGCCUGUUGUCUCCUUGGUGUCAUCAUCUUCCGUUGUGUUAACACGACCCAUGGCACUCUCUACCAGCGUAGCUUGAGCUGAAAAUAACAUUGUGUUAUUUUGUUUAUACUUAUUCUACUAGGUUGUGAAAAAAUCUUGAAUUAAUUAAAAACUGUCUUCUCUAAUGUUCUUCGAAUGAACUUACAGAAGCGUCAGAAGAGUGUCAAAUAGCUAGUAUUCCGUAAGUUUGCAUAUGCUACCUACGAGGCCGUUACGUUAACGUGCUAAUUUAACAAUGCCAGAUUGGCUGGUAUAUUGUCUAAUACGGCUUGUGAAAAGCUAUGUCUUGUGUCGCUAUACUACAUCUUUUAUUUUCUUGUUUAUUUAAGCAAACUAAAGUCAAAAGAUGUUUUAGCGAAGGAAUGUUUUUUUUUUGGUUUUAGUCCGCUGUAUUUUCCCUAAUCUCUGAAAGUAGUCUUAAGUAAUGCAAAUAAUCGAAAUAAGGUUUUAAAAUUAAUAUGCGUGUCGUUGUAUGUAGAUUUACCCAAUAUCUGUUUUGACAGAAUAAAUCUGAAAACGAA